CCGAGGAGAGACUUCUCUUCCAAUAAUCUGAACAAUGUAACCGCUCAUUCGUGAGAAGCUUCUACAGCAAACGCGUAAUACCUUCCUGAGGCCCUUCUCUCUGCAAAACCGCUUCAUCUUCUCCGGCCAUACCUCCACUAGUCGAUCGCCUAACAUCAUUCAUCACUUGAGGCCACCGUUCGUGUCUCACCGUCGGCCGAGGCUGCCCUACUUUUCCUCUAACUCUCUCUUUUCCAUCAACCUCAAAUUAGAAUGAGGCGGAGGCCUGGAAUUGGAGGUUUACAGACAGCUGCUGCUGCUAGGGAUCAAUACCGAUUACUCGGUGAAAAUGUAGCCAAAUUGAGAACUGAUCUUAUGAAGGAGCAGUUAGCCACUUUUCGCUCUCAACUUGAGGAUUUUGCUCGUAAACAUAAGAAUGAUAUCCGGAAGAACCCUACAUUUAGAGCUCAAUUCCAUGAGAUGUGUUCUAAAGUAGGGGUUGACCCACUUGCCUCAAAUAAGGGUUUUUGGGCUGAGCUUUUGGGAAUCAGUGACUUUUACUAUGAACUUGGGGUGCAAAUUGUUGAAAUAUGUUUGGCCACAAGACUGCUCAAUGGAGGCUUGAUAAACUUGCAGGAGCUGUUAAACCUGCUACGUCAGAAACGAAAAAAUGCUCGUGAACCUGUAUCAGAGGAUGACUGUUUACGUGCUAUUAGCAAACUUAAGGUUUUAGGUAGCGGGUUUGAGGUGAUAUCUAUCGGUAAGAAAAAGCUCAUACGCUCCGUUCCGACCGAGUUGAACAAGGAUCACAAUGAAAUCUUGGAGCUCGCUCAGGCUAAGGGCUUUGUUACAGUGGAAGAGUUGGAAAGACGUCUCUCUUGGUCAGCAGGGCGUGCGAUUGAUGCACUUGAUUCAUUGUUAGAGGCAAGUCUUGCAAUGAUUGAUGAUGGCGACAAAGAUGGAAAACGAAGAUAUUGGUUUCCUUGCGUGUCUUCCAUAUCCUCUGUAACUGGUGCUGAUGCUAUUGCUGUUUAAUAAUGAGAUGCAAUGUCAAAUAGUUUUAGUACAGCUUCAAUCAUUUGAAGGUUCAUGAGUUUCUAUAUCUUGACAAUUAACUUCCAUUCAUGUUUUUCUCACGUGUUAAAUGCUUGAAACGUAUGAUAGUUUCCUCUCACUUUCCAUGGUCUUUCUUUUGAAUGAAAAGGCCCAAUGUAAAAUAGCAACUGUAUUGGCAAAAUUUUGCUUCUCUUGUAUUGGGAGUACAAUAAAGUUGGAUCCCUUUAAGAUUGCAAAUCUUUUGAACCGUUUUUUUCUGAAAAUUUGAAGAUAAGUUUUUAAGCAAAAAAUUUCAAUAUAAAAGCUUCGGUGAAACUUAAUUUCAAAAAGCAAGCUAUGCAGUUCAUACCUUAGGUUAGGAGUAUGUUCGCAGUUAGUAACAGCGAACAAAUGAUUUGGUAAAUAAAAGUCACUUAGUUUGUUCGCAGUUAGUAACUGCAAAUAAAGAUGUGGUAAAAAAAGUUAAACAUCUAUGUUUCGACUUAGCAAGUGGGCACAAAGAUAAAUGACUUUUUUUUACUAUAUCAUUGUUCGCAGUUACGAACUGCGAAUUAAUA